AUUAGGUCAUAUCCGGAACAACAGGCGAACUUGUAUAUGAGGAGGUUAAAAACUAUAUAGAAGAAGAGUAUCGCAUCAGAAGUUCAUUCGACCAGAAGCGGGGUUGUAAUGAUUUGAUAUUAGAAAAUGUUUCUCACCACGUUUCCUAGAGCUUGCCUGUGUUUAAACACCGUGGACACCACCUUACGUCACUGCCAGCUGACCGGUUCCAAAAGGUCAAGCAAGAAGAGCGAGGUCGUAGAUUCGUCCAGAGGUCAGGAGGUCAAUCAGGCGGAGCGUGAAAAAGACAACGAAAUUUGGCAGAAAAGGUCGAACAAAUCUACUGUACGAAGGUUGAAGUUUGUAAAAUGAUGUGGUUCCUGUGUUUUCUUCUCACAUUUUCGGGAUUGAACUGUGACCCUCAUUCUGAAUUAGUGGCUGAUAUAUAUCAUAAUGCUCCACCGAUCAUCAAAGCAGCUUUAAUUAAUGUCGGUCUCGCCCCUCGUAAAGACACCGUGACUUCUGUAGUAAUGAAACAACUUCCUUCACCUCCCAUACGACUUUCUUCACCUUUAACCCUGUCGAAUUUUCGUAAAUCGCAUCGUUAUACUCAUAGAAAUCUUCGCCCUCACACGUUUCCUAAAGUGUUUAUGGGUUCGACUCGUGUACCACCUCAAAGGGUGCAACAGUUGCCACCUCUCUCCCUUCCUCAAUUGCCAACCACUUCUUAUCCUAGAAGACGUAAACACCCACGCACUACAUACGCAUCCAAGUAUUAUCGAGAUAAUUUUAAACCUUUAACAAGUUCUCCUGAAAUGAAAAAUGCUCUGGCAAUUCAAGAAACAUCUAUAGAAAAUUUAGUUGUGAGUUUUCGUAAUGUCCAUUGCAAAGGGGAGAAGAAUUGGUGCGAGUUGGAUGCCACGUAUCCCGAAGAGGAUGUUGGAAAAAUCGUUAAACUUUGCGAAUCGUAUUUGGACAAGAUGUAUGCUCCAAUGCCAUUAAUCGUACCGACAUCUUUCGAUACGAAAAGAAAAGAAGAUAAUUUCUCAUCUAUAGAUUUAAAUUCUCGAUUAUCUGGACAGAAUUACUGGAAAAGUUCGUUAUGUCACGCCGAAAAACGAUAUUUUCGUCCCAGUUACGCUCGUGAUAUUAAUGGACGUUGGCAGAUUGUACUUCAAUCAUCGAAAUAUCCGCAGAGGAUAUCUUUAGAACUGUGCAAGAACGAAGGUAAUAGGUGCAACAAAAUGGCCGACUGUAUUAUUAAUUCACGAUGCGUGCAAAAGUAUAGUUAUCAGAUGUUGGUCAGUAUAGAUCCUAAGAAGCCAAAUACAUGCCCUUCUAUGAGAUUAUACAGUUUCCCUACUGCUUGCGUUUGUUUAACAGACAAUACUGUAUCUAAUCUAUGAUGCUGCAAUACUCUAAGAAGAGAUU